GAACCAGAGAAGGACAACAUCUAAGCCGCAUAGGAGUGCCUCAUGUCAUUGACAAAGCCCAGAGGUUCCACUUUCUGUAUACAAGUUCGCCUCCCUUUUGACAGACGACCCCCUGCCUCGUCGUCUCCAUCUUUCAUAUCACACUUUCCUGCUUUUCGCGCACAUGCUCCCUCUGUCUUUCUGCUUGUUUGAACGACUAAUGGUAGUUGCACAUUGCGUCUGGGUUUUCUGCGUUUGCUAAUUCACAAUCCCGGGACGGUAUCUGAUCGCAUGUCUGUUGUCUACUGUCUAUCGUCUGGGCGAUGAUGGAGCCCCUGAAAACAACACAAUUCGGUCUAUGAAAGACCUCAGAUGAUCUGGCAUCAUCUAACGACUGUACACUAUCACCAGCCAUUAUGCCCAUGAUUCGAAGGAAAACCAGCAUAGCCCUGGCCCUCGGACUCUUCACCUUGAUCUAUCUGAUCAUCCGCCUGCCCAACCUCACAAAACCAAAAUACGUCUACGGUCUAGAUGGCCCACUAUACGAUCCGUCUCGAUUCUCCCCCGGGACCGCCAAACCAGCCGGCGAGAAUUACACACGUGUGCUUGUUAUGGGGCGACUCAAAUCCGAAGACGUAAGCUGGGUGUCUCGCAACCAUCCAGACCUCCCGACCAAAAUCUACACGGUGGACGAAGACAUUUCGGGAUUGCCAAUGAAUAAGGGGAACGAAGCCAUGGCAUACCUAACAUACAUCAUCGACCACUACGACGACUUACCAGACGUGGUGCUGUUCUUCCACCCGCACGCCACGUCCUGGCACAACAACAUCCUCCUCGACACCGACACGUCCAAGACGAUCCGCCUCCUCAACGACGCCCACGUCGUGCGCCAAGGCUACUUCAACACCCGCUGCCACCUGGACCCAGGCUGCCCUAACUGGCUGCACAUCGACCGCCCCCGCUGGCGGCAGGACCUGAAGCACAAGCCCGAGGAGCCGUUCCUGACCGAGGCGCUCUUCCAUGAGCUACACGGCGCCGACGUCCCGAUUCCGCCAGCCAUUUCGCAACCGUGCUGUGCUCAAUUCGCUGUCUCAGGAGCGCGCAUCCGCCAACGACCUCGUGAAGAAUAUGUCCGAUAUCGCACCUGGCUAUUGACAACCGACCUUCCCGACAAGACCUCGGGCCGUCUGAUGGAAUACUCGUGGCAGUACAUAUUCACCGGCGAGUUCGAAUUCUGUCCGUCUCAGCACGCAUGCUACUGCGACGGGUACGGGAUUUGUUUCGAAGGCGAGGAGCCACUGCGUGAGUGGCUGGCCCUACUGGCGCAGACGGAGCCGAUCAACGAGAAACUGGUUGCAAUGUGGGAUUCGGGCAUCAAGGGCGGGAACAAGUACAUGCGUCUUUUGGAGCAGACAAAGAAGCAGGGAAAGGUGCUCGAGCAGCUCCGUGACGACGCCAUAAAAAGGGGAUCGGAUCCCAAAAUCAGGGCCAUGGAGUGCGGUCGGGAGUGGCAGGAGGGCGAUGGAUUUUGAGAAUCC